GAACAAGAAAAGGAGGAGAAAAAGUGGCAGGGUGAGGUUGAGGCAGGCGCACAUCUCAGCGGUAGGGGAUUGAUUGGGACGAGAUCCCUCUGUCGUGAAAAGUGAAAACUUGCCCAAAAUCCCAAAGGAAAACAUCGUCAAAAUCUUGAGCUGAAACUGCUGCUGUGUACGAUAAAGAUGCCCUUCUUCAAGACCCCUUUCAAUGGCUAUUCAGUCAAAUUCAGCCCCUUUUACGAGAACCGUCUCGCCGUAGCCACCGCCCAGAACUUCGGAAUCCUCGGAAAUGGCCGCCUCCACGUCCUCGACCUCUCCCCUUCUGGUGGUCCCAUCACCGAGCUUGCCUCAUACGACACUGCCGAUGGCGUAUACGACGUCGCUUGGUCCGAAUCCCACGACUCCUUACUCGUCGCCGCCAUAGCCGAUGGCUCCGUCAAGCUCUACGACCUCGCUCUUCCACCCUCUUCCAACCCCAUUCGUUCUCUUCAAGAGCACACCCGUGAGGUUCAGUCCGCUGAUUACAAUCCCGUCCGCCGCGAUUCCUUUAUAACCUCCUCUUGGGACGACACCAUCAAGCUCUGGACUUUGGACCGCCCCACCAGCGUGCGGACUUUCAAGGAGCACGCGUACUGCGUAUACGCCGCUGUUUGGAACCCCCGCCACGGGGAUGUUUUCGCCUCUGCCUCCGGGGACUGUACCGUGCGCAUUUGGGAUGUCCGUGAGCCUGGGUCAACCAUGAUUAUACCGGCCCACGAGUUCGAGAUUCUCUCCUGCGACUGGAACAAGUACGACGAUUGCUGUAUCGUUACUGGGUCGGUGGACAAAUCGAUCAAGGUGUGGGAUGUGAGGAGUUUCAGAACACCUCUGUCGGUGCUUAAUGGCCAUGGAUACGCGGUUAGAAAGGUGAAGUUCUCGCCCCAUAGGCAGAGUUUAUUGGUUUCUUGCUCGUACGACAUGUCGGUUUGCUUGUGGGAUUAUAUGGUCGAGGAUGCCCUUGUGGGGAGAUACGAUCAUCAUACUGAAUUCGCGGUUGGAGUCGAUAUGAGUGUGCUUGUUGAUGGGCUUUUCGCUAGCACUGGCUGGGAUGAGCUUGUCUACGUUUGGCAGCACGGCACUGACCCCAGAGCACCGUAAUAGGGAAGUAAGUCUCUUAGAUUUUUUUUUUGUCCUUGACUUGAAAAUUUAUAAUGAAAUAGUUCUUAUCAAUAGAGCAAACCAUCGAUGUCAUUUAGUUUGUUCUGGGCAUUAAUAAUGGGGUGGUUACCUUGGUGUUCUUCAGUGAAAACUAUGCACUUAGUUCAUUUUAAUUGUCGAUGAAUAAUACUGAUUUUUGCCCUGUAUAGUAUUUUUCAAUAUAAUUGAAGGUUUGGGUUGAUCAUUA